UUUUCUUAAAAUGUCAUGGUCUUCUGUUUUUUGGGCAUUGUUAUGCAUGGUUUGUUCGUUGAACCUUUACAGGAUCUGGGAAGAAAUGCUCGCUUUGCACAAAUAUGGAGGAGUCGGAAAGGAGAGAAGAGUGAAGCUGAUGACUCACUGAGAGAAAUAUGCCAUCUUUAUGAUGCUGUCCAAGUAGACCCCGAUGAAGAAAAGCAUCCAGAAGAACCACGGACUAUCUCUUUUGAAGAGGGUUCUGUUUUAUGCAACUUUCUUCCACUAAUACGGGAGUACUUGCCAUCAGCUGCUGAGGAGAUUGAGACAGAUAUUAUUUCAUUGGCACAAUCAGAAGAUUCAGAAGUUUAUGACAUCUAUACUGUCAAGGAAGUGGAUGUCACAAACAUGGAGGAUACAUCAGCAUCUUCAUAUCCACGGUUACAAGUGGACGAUGGCGAUGAUGAAUGCUAUGAUGAUGACUAUCCAUAUGAUACAGACGAUUCAAAUGCCGAAGACAAUCCACUUUUUGAUUAUCCUGAAGAGUUGUCAGAGGAUGAGGAUGAUGAUAGCAAUGACGAAGAUGCUUUUGGGGACCGGGGAGGUUCCGAAUCCGAGUAUGAAAAGGAAGAAGUAGAGGUGGAUAGAGACGAAGAAUGGUGAUAGGAGACUGGUGAAGCUUGCAGUUGUAGAAUGAACGUAACCGUUGAUGACACGGUGCGAUAGGUUCAGCAGAUGAUGGAUCUUUCUAUUGCUCACGCUGCAACCUGGAAGAGAGAGUUAAGAGUUGUACGUUGUUGCUGAUGGAGUAGAGCAAACACUCAUCUUUGUACACUAAUGUAAGAUGAAUCAGUUAUUGGGAAAGUGUCUUCUAAUUGAAAUCGAGUCUCACACU